ACCAGUCUGGCUGCACCUGCAUCCUUAGCUCAGAGCAUCCCUGGAGCAUCUUAAGAGGCGACCGCAGCUGGCAACCAGGGACCAGACCGUCACAGGGGGCACCCGCCAGAUACCUCCCCCCUCCCCUGACCUAGCGCUGUACAGCGGCGGCCUCGGUUCUGAUCCAGGGUUCUCAGAGUUGUCUGACCAUUGCAACAGCCUUUACAGCAAGAGCCUCUGAUUACGACAUGGCCGAAAUCACCGAUAUCCGACCUAGCUUUGAUAUGUCACCGGUGGUGGCAGGCCUUAUCGGGGCCUCUGUACUGGUGGUGUGUGUCUCGGUGACCGUCUUUGUCUGGACAUGCUGCCACCAGCAGACAGAGAAGAAGCACAAGAACCCACCAUACAAGUUUAUUCAUAUGCUCAAAGGCAUCAGCAUAUACCCAGAGACCCUCAGCAACAAAAAUAAAAUUAUCAAAGUGCGAAGAGACAAAGAUGGCCCUGGGAGGGAAGGUGGACACGGGAACCUGUCGGUGGGUGCAGCAGAGGCUGGCCUGCUGGGCCGAGACAAGGGUCCCAGGCCCCCCAGUUCUGGAUCUUGUCUUGGCCAAUUACCCAUCAAAGUGGACUAUGGGGAAGAACUGAGGAGCCCCAUUGCAAGCCUAACCCCCGGGGAGAGCAAAACGAGUUCUCCAUCAUCUCCAGAGGAGGACGUCAUGCUGGGGUCCCUCACCUUCUCGGUGGACUAUAACUUCCCCAAAAAAGCCCUGGUGGUGACAAUCCAGGAGGCCCAUGGGCUGCCCGUGAUGGAUGACCAGACCCAGGGCUCUGACCCCUACAUCAAAAUGACCAUCCUUCCUGACAAGAGGCACCGGGUGAAGACCAGAGUGCUGCGGAAGACCCUGGACCCUGUGUUUGACGAGACCUUCACCUUCUACGGCAUCCCCUACAGCCAGCUCCAGGACCUGGUGCUGCACUUCCUAGUUCUCAGCUUUGACCGCUUCUCUCGGGACGACGUCAUUGGGGAGGUCAUGGUGCCACUGGCUGGGGUGGACCCCAGCACAGGCAAGGUACAGCUGACUAGGGACAUCAUCAAAAGGAACAUCCAGAAGUGCAUUAGCAGAGGGGAACUCCAGGUGUCUCUGUCGUAUCAGCCUGUGGCACAGAGAAUGACGGUGGUGGUCCUCAAAGCCAGACACUUGCCGAAGAUGGAUAUCACCGGGCUCUCAGGUAAUCCUUAUGUCAAGGUGAACGUCUACUAUGGCAGAAAGCGCAUUGCCAAGAAGAAAACCCACGUGAAGAAGUGCACUUUGAACCCAGUCUUCAAUGAGUCUUUCAUCUAUGACAUCCCCACUGACCUCCUGCCCGACAUCAGCAUUGAGUUCCUCGUCAUCGACUUUGAUCGCACCACCAAGAACGAGGUGGUGGGGAGGCUGAUCCUGGGGGCGCACAGUGUCACAGCCAGUGGUGCCGAGCACUGGCGAGAGGUCUGCGAGAGCCCCCGCAAGCCUGUGGCCAAGUGGCACAGUCUGAGCGAGUACUAAUCCUAUGCUCCUCGCCUCCAACCCCAGGGCCAGGCUGGGCAGGGACAUGGUGGGGAAAGAGGUGGCAGAGAGAAGCGGACUCAAAACCUCACUUUAGUUGUAGAAGAAAAUUUCUUACAAAAUAAACCCUACAAAGAACACCCCACAUGACCACAGCUGCAGAUCAGUUCGUAGAGAUGAUGAUUUCUCUCCUUUGCAAGGCACUAGCAAUUCUUUUUUUUUUUUUUAAUGGGGAAAAAGAGAGAGG